GGCGCUCCCCACAACUGAGCAGCUCCGCACCGGGAAAAGUUUCAUCUCCAAGUACAGCCCACGUAUCCGAGGAGGAAAAAAAAAACCCAGAAAUGGCAACUCAGGCGGAACAGCUGCCCCAACUGACCCUGGCUGAGCUCACUGCAGCGCAGUUCAUCGACAUCUGGAAACAUUUUGAUGCAGACGGAAAUGGAUACAUUGAAGGGAAGGAGCUGGAAAACUUCUUCACAGAGCUGGAAACUGCACGGCGAGGAGCAGGCAUGGAUCCCUCACAUGCUAUAUUCAAGGAAAAGAUGAAGGAGUUCAUGGCCAAAUUUGACAAGAAUUCUGAUGGCAGAAUUGAGAUGUCAGAGUUGGCCCAGAUUCUGCCCACAGAGGAAAACUUCCUGCUCUGUUUCAGAGAGUUUGUUGGAUCCAGUGCUGAAUUCAUGGACUUCACACACUUUGCUGGAAACAAAACUCUUCUGCUGCAGGCCUGGAGGAGGUAUGACACUGACCGCAGUGGGUACAUCGAGUCGAAUGAGCUGAAGGGUUUCCUGUCCGAUCUGUUGAGGAAAGCCAACAGAAACUAUGAUGAUAAGAAACUCAACGAGUACACGCAGACUAUUCUGAGGAUGUUUGACCUCAACGGUGAUGGAAAGCUUGGCCUCUCUGAGAUGGCGAGGCUGUUGCCAGUUCAGGAGAACUUCCUGCUUAAGUUUCAGGGAAUCAGACUCACCGUUAAGGAGUUUGAUUCACUCUUCACUUUUUAUGAUCAGGAUGGUAACGGUUACAUUGAUGAGCUGGAGCUGGAUGCUUUGCUGAAGGACCUCUGUGACAAGAACAAAAUGGACGUGGACUCCACCGGAUUGGUGGAUUACAAGAAGAGCAUCAUGGCUCUGUCCGAUGGAGGGAAACUGUACCGCACUGAGAUGGAGAUCGUCCUCUGUCGGGACUCCACGCUGUGACCUUCCUGCCCGGGACCCUUUGAUCCUCCUGCACAGCUUCCUCCUUCCUACCUCCUGAUGUAACCUGGUGCAUGUGUGACACUAAACCUUGCUACACUUAGAGUGUAAACAAAUGUGCUGAAAGCACAAUGUAUACUACUGGACUCGCUGUUUCAGAUCUGUGACCCCUCUGAGUUUUUUUUCCCCGACUUUUUUUUAAAUUAUACAUUUAUGUAGUGAGAAUGCUAUAGUAAUGAAAACAGAGAAAUAUUGUGUAUUUGGUUUUUGGGAUUUCCAUUUUUUAUAUGCAUUUGUAUUUAAAAAUUCAUGUUUUUCUCUCCCACUGGAUUUAAGAUUGAUUUACCAGUUCGGUUUCAUUUCCUUGUUUAACUUAUUUCAGUUUAAUUUAUUGUACGCUCAUUUCAUUUGACGAGGCUUGUACUGUUCUAUUAAAUACACGAAUGAUAGAAUGAAUAAAUAUAACAGGA